UGUUCCCAACUGCACAGCACACAGAAUAAGAUUCUUUUGAGCAAUAUCAUCUUAUUUGUUGAGACACGCCUACCCAGAAAACUUUUAAAAUAAGACAUGGAUUCCCACUGUACAAGGAUGGAAAUGGUUCUGCAUUAUCGAGCUUGGGAAAAGGACCCUGCAGCAUUGCAAAACAUUGCAGAAGAAGCCUUGAAGGAAUUUCCUAGGCGGCAGCUGCCAGUCUUCAUACCCUGGUUUCCAAACACUUUAUGUAAACUGCCUAUUAAACCUAAAAAUGCUCCUCCAGUUAUUUCUGUUAGAGAAGUAGAACAAGUGAAACAAUAUGUUGCUACUUCAGAAACUAUUUGCAACGCUUCUUUAUGUUAUAAUAGUGCAGAAGGGCUUAAAGAAUUUCAACCCAAUAUAAAAGCGGAACAGACUUUACAAAUUGAGCAUGGAGAAACUGACUUGACUAAUUUGGGAAAGCCAUCAGGACAUGGCAGAGGCAAGCUAAGGAGAACUUGGAGUGUUUCUCUACCCAGCUCAAAACUUAAAGGCAGCAUUCUUCCUUUAUCUCUAGAAUUGCAGAGAACUUUAAAAAAAUUAAAGUUGCAUGUAUUCUAUAGAGCGUGGUGGAUAAUAGAACCAUCUAUUUGUAACAACCAAGUUUUGGAAGAGAUUUGGAUAAAUCUUAAUGUCAUGAUCAAACACAAUGAACUUCCAUCUUGUAACGCUACAAUCCAGAGACAUGAAAGCCAGAUUUUGAUUUUCUGUGAUAUAUUAUACUGUGAACAUAUUGCAAACACCCUUAGAAAAAAAUUAAACAUUAAGGGAAAGAUGAAUCUGCUUGUUCACAAAUAUGGGAUUAUACAUAGCUUCUAGUUUUUAGAUAAAGCAAGGCAGUAUGCCACUUGGGAUCUGAUAAACCAAAAUGAGCAUAUUAGCUGCUGUAUAUUUGCCAAACACACUAUUCCACUCACCACUCUUCCCAACAAAGGGCUAAACGGUGGUAGCAUUUACAGAUGGUAAGUUGAGUAUUAGGCUCAAAGCAAUCUAUUUCUUCUAUUCCUUAUGAAGCUAAAAUCUGAAUCCUGAAUGUUUGUGCAGGCAACAAGCAAGGCUGUCUUUUUAAAUAUAAUGCUAAAUAAACUACAAAUGGAAUUUAUGGAUUUAUUAGCUGUACCUUCUGGCAGGAUAAGUCAAGCAGAAGUAAUCAUGAAGCAUGUACUGGCAUAAGCCACUUUAAUACUGCAUUUCGUGA